UUUAGCUACACGCCUUGGACUGCUCAGCAUCUGGGUUGAAGUGGCAGAGACUUUGUUGGGGAUGAUGUGAGUUUUCCAGACUGAAACAAGGCAAAGAGAAGAGGAGAGGGAGAAGAGAAGGAACUGGGGGCCAGAGGGACCCAACACAACUGCUCACCUCCGGGACAGCUGUUUUAGAUUUCUUUGGGGAAAUAACUGCUAAGCGGUGACCAAGUUCAUGGGAUGAAGACUUCCUCCAGUUGUGGGAAUUAAAAGGACUUUGUUUCUUUCCACUUGACCUGGCAGUUUCCCUCUGUAGCUACGCGGCACUUGGAAGCAGGGGCAUCCCAUCCAUCUGAGGAUCAUGGAGAGGUAUGGCUCCCCAGAGAGUGUCCAACAAGGUCAAAGGUGUUAUACUACCUCCAAGUGUGGGUGGCUGCAAAAACAAGGAGGAUUUGCUAAGACUUGGCACACACGCUGGUUUGUGCUCAAGGGAGACCAGCUCUACUAUUUCAAGGAUAAAGAUGAAACACGACCAUUGGGUACCAUUUUACUGCCCGGGAACAAAGUUGUAGAGCAUCCCUACAAUGAAGAGAGCCCUGGACAGUUCCUUUUUGAAGUAGUUCCAGAAAAAGAUCAACCUCAGAUGACAGCUAACCAUGAGACCUACCUCCUCAUGGCUACUACACAGAAAGACAUGGAAGAAUGGCUGAAGUCUAUUCGUAGGGUCAUAUGGGCACCUUUUGGUGGAGGUAUUUUUGGACAAAAACUAGAAGAAACAGUCUGCUUUGAGAAGAGAUCUAGGAACUGCCUGGCCCCUAUGUUAGUGGAACAAUGUGUGGAUUUUAUCCGACAGAGGGGACUAAAAGAAGAAGGUCUUUUUCAACUUCCAGGUCAGGCUAACAUUGUGAAAAAGCUGCAGGAUGCCUUUGACUGUGGAGAGAAGCCAUCUUUUGAUAGUAACACCGAUGUGCACACAGUGGCUUCACUUCUUAAAUUAUAUCUCUGGGAACUUCCAGAACCAGUCAUCCCCUAUGAAAAGUAUGAAGAUUUUCUUUCCUGUGCCAAUUUACUCAGUAAAGAUGAAGAAAUGGGAGUUAAGGAACUGGUGAAGCAGGUGAAAAAUUUGCCAGUGGUUAAUUACAAUUUCCUCAAAUACUUAUGCAGCUUCUUGGAUGAAGUCCAGUGCUACUCCAGUGCUAACAAAACGAGUAUACAGAACUUGGCCACUGCCUUUGGUUCUAGUAUCCUGCGUCCCCGAGUAGAAGAUUCUAGAACCGUUAUGGAGGGAACCUCUGCGGUCCAACAGUUGAUGUCAGUGAUGAUCGGCAAACACAAGCAACUAUUCCCCAAAGGGAUAGAGCUUCAGACCAAGCAACCAGAGGUUUUAGGCAACAACAAUGAAAUUCAGAAGAAAUCGAUGACUGACCAGCUACAGAACCAAAAGAACAAGAACACUAAGGACACUAGCGGAAGGUGCUCUUGGGAUAAUUCUCCUCAGAGAAUUAGCACGGACAAUGAGUCCCCCAUAACUCUAGCGGGGACCAAGACCAACAGCCCACCAAAUAAUGUACACAAAUCUGACGUCUCCAGGAGCCCUGCUCUCACGGUGAAAAAAAAUCCUGCCUUUAAUAAAGGGAGCGGCAUAGUCACCAAUGGCUCCUUUAGCAACAGUAAUGCAGAAAAUAAUGAGAAAAUUCCGUACGCUUCCACUGGGAGCCUGCAGACCAGGAGAACUUCCCUAAAAGGGGCAGGUACUAGAAUGGGGACAUACAGCGUGCAGAAUGGAGGUGUGCGCAUGGGCAUUUUGAGCACAGACACUCUGGGAAACCCGAUGAACAGUCGGGGCUUAGGCUGGCUGUCCAGUGGCUACGUGACGCUGAGAGAUACCAAACAGAAAGAUCCAGGAGGAGACAUGGACCAACCGAACAGGCUCUCUACCUAUGACAAUGUCCAUCAACAGUUCUCUCAGACCAACUCGGAGGACAAACAGAGCAUGGACAGCGCUGCCUGGUCUUCCUCCUUCUGUGAAGUGUCACUUUCUGAAAAUUCCAGCUCCUGUCAUUCAUCCACUACCACCUGUCCAGAUCUCGACUUCUCUGGUGCAAAUCUUGAAGAUCCUGUGCUAGAAAGAGCAUCCCACGAGGAACCCUCCCAUCCUGGAGAUGACAAAGACAACAGGGAGAAAAGGAAUGGAAGACUUUACAGUGACCACACCGAAACCUUUCUGGGGAUGAACCCAAGCAACCCUAGUGCCCUGCACAGUCUUGUUUCCAGCCUAAAACAGGAGAUAAAUAAACAGAAGAUAGAAUAUGAAUCCAGACUAAAGAGGUAGGUGGGUGGCAUCAGAAAUUUGUAGCCAUAAAGCACUUAAAAAAAAAAAAAAAGCAAAACAUUAUCUAGAAGGGGCAAAUGUGGAAAAACCUGACCAACAAGUAGCAAGAAAGGAAGAUUGAAGAAAAACUGUGUUGUGAAAUAGAGUUAGGUAGUCUCUGAAAUGUAAUCAUAUCUCCAGCAUUUGAUUCAUUUUUCUCAGUAGGAAUAGUUGGGGGUGGGCAGCUAGGUAACACAAUGGAUAGAGUACCAGGGCUGGAGUCGGGAGGACUUGGGUUCAAAUGUGACCUCAGUUACUUUCUAGGUAUAUGACCCUCAAUAAGUCAUUUAACCCUAACUGUCCUACUGUUACC